CAUCAUCUCGCCAGUCAGUUGAAAACGAGGCUUUGGAAUGAUAUUUAAACAUGGCUGUCUCCUGAUCAGUAAGGUUCACGACUAAAACAACUAAAUGACGGUUUUUCCUAAUAGGAUGUGAUUUGGUGGAGAUCUAGCUGCUAUUUUUACCAGGUUGAAGCAAUACAUAAAGACUGUCUUGUUGACAAGUAAAUUUUAAUGUUAAAGGGGAGGCUAAAUGACCAGCAAUGUCAGCUGUGGCCAUUUUAACAUGUACACCAAAUUCACACCCAUUCCUAGCACGGCACAUAACUCUUCAUGAACCAGUCAAAGUGGGUAGAUCUGUUGCUAGGGCACGUCCAUCACCCAGCAAUGGCACAUUUGACUGCAAAGUUCUGUCAAGGAACCAUGCUAUUCUCUGGUACAAGAAUGGAAAGUUUGAUUUACAAGAUACGAAGAGCAGCAAUGGUACAUUUGUCAACAACAAGAGACUUACCAUGGGUUCUGAUGAAAACCCUUCCAGAGAAAUUUUCUCUGGAGACAUUAUACAAUUUGGAGUUGAGGUAAUGGAGAAUAAUAGAAGAGGGGAAAAAAUUACACACGGCUGUAUUAUAGCAACAGUUACGUUAUUUCAUCCAGAUGGUCGAGAAGCUAAACCUACAUAUUCCAAUACUAUUUUGAAUAAUCCUUCAAUCACGGCCCCUUCGGCUCCUGGUAUUACUAUAGAGUCUCAAGAAUUUUACCAACUGGCUCAAUAUCUUCAGGAAGCCCUCCUUAGGGAGCAGAUGCUGGAACGGAAGCUUUCCACUCUGCAAACCCUUGUACAGCACACUCAAAAAGCUUCAGAAAAUGGCUGGCAGGCUCUAAUUGAUGAAGAUCGGUUACUAUCGCGGUUAGAGGUUUUGGAAAGUCAGUUAGUUAUUUAUUCAAAGAACCAUGGUGAAGACACCUUACGCCAAGAACUAGUUGCUUUACAAGAUGAUAAACAUCAUUAUGAGAUCACAGCAAAGGAGUCGUUACGGCGAGUUUUACAAGAAAAGCUAGAGGCAGUUAGAAAAAUAACUGAUCUUGAGCAAUCUCUAGGUAAUGCUGAAAACAACUGCUGUUAUUUGAAAGAAAUAACUGAAAGAACUCAAAAUGACCUCAAACAACUUGCAGCAGACCAUCAAGAGCAGCGCAAAGAGGUGGAACAGCUUCAGAAAAAACUGGAAGAAGCGAAGAAAAAGCAUCAAGAGGAAUUGGAAAAGGUUGAGAAUGAAAAGCAAGAGUUGAUAGAUAAAUUAGAAGAAGUGACAAAACAAGAGAAAAUACUUUGUGCUAAGGUUGAAUCAUUACAAGCUGACAAUGAUAUUACCAAUGAGCAAUUAGCUGUUAUGAAAACAAAAUGGGAAAAUAUCAAAGAAGGUGAAGUAGAUAAAAUAAUUACAAAUGAUGAUGAUUCAACAAAUAUCAUAGACAAAAAUAAAUUAGGUGAACAAAAUGUUGAAAUUAUUCCCAUCAGUAAAAUGGAUCAAGAAUCUGAAGACUUACAAGAAAAAUUACAAGAUACACAACAACUAAUUAUUAAUUAUAAAGCCAAAAUUGAAGAGCUCGAAUCUAAAGUGAAAAGUAGCCAACAGGAAGUAGAUAAAAUUCAAUCUGAUCUAGACCAAGCUAACAGGGAUUGUAACAAAUACUUAUUAGAAAUUGCUGCCUUAGAAAAAAAAUUACUACAAUCUGAUUUAUAUAUAAAUGAAAUGAUGGAUUCUACGAUGGAUAAUUUAAAACUGCAGUUGAAAGAAGCUCACCGGCAGACUGAGUGCAGCAGUGAUUUGAACACACAUUUAGAAGCUGAAAUUGAAGAAUUAGAAUCUGAAUGGACUUUACAACAGUCUGAGAAAAUUGACCAUGAUGAUGAGAAAUAUGAACCAGUUGACAGUUUAACUCUUACUUCUCCUUAUCAAAUUUCCAAUCAUCUUGAUUCUGAAAAGCCUCAUCUAAUUGAUGUCGAAAAAUUAAAAGCUCUUGAACAGAAAAGGAUGAUUGAAGCAACAAGAGAUGUGAAACAACAAAUACUUGAUUUACGAGAGUGUCUGCUUCAAGACGGAGACCAGUAUCAGUUAAUGCAGGAUGAAGUAUUUAAUUUGAAAAAUCAAUUAGAUGUUGAGAAGUCUAAGCACAAAGAAACAUUUGACGAACUAAUUGAAAAGAAACGAUUGCUGCAGGAGGCGCUCCAAAGUGCUAAACAGAGCCGAAAUGAAGCAGAACAAUUGAAGAACAAAGUAAAGACAUUACAAGAUGAAAUAGACACUGAUAAAAACACUCGUCAACGAGAUUCUCCUCAUGUUAAGAGCUCACAUGAAUCUACGCACAGACCCACAGCUAAAAACAAAAGUGAAUUGAACUCCCUAAAAGAGGAAUGUACAAACCUUAGAAAGCGAAUACAUGCUAUUGAAACAGAGAUGAAGUUAUCAAGGAAAGAAAAUUUACAACUGUCAUCUGAUUACAACAAACUGCAAGAUUCCCACCGAGAACUUGAAGCUUUGAAGGUCAAACUGGAACACAAAGCAAUUCUUUGGAAAUCCAAUAUGACAGAUGCCCAAAAAGAGGCUGAACAAGCUAAACAGGAGGUGAGCGUGAAUCCAGCCAUGACAAGUCUUUCUCCUAUUCCUCCUACUACUACUACUACCAUCACUACAACUACUAUUUCGUCUCCUAGCUGCUCUGCUUAUACUACUACUACUACUUCUACAACAACAACUACCACAACUACUGCUACCACUACUGCUGCUGCUGCUGUCACUGCUGUUUCAGGAAAACUUGACCAGCAGGGCAUUGGCCAUUCUCCAGACAGGUUAAGCAGUGACCAGUUACCAGCUCAGACGGGGCAAACCAAAGAUUUAGUGAGUGACCUUACUGUGAAGUGCGAUAAGUACACCGAUGAAGUUCGCAGUCUUCGUGAAGAACUAAGCAGUAUGCUGGAAGACUACCAAUAUCUCAGGGACAAAAGUAAAUUGCUGUCAUUCAUCUCCAGCAUUCCUCUGUUGAUUCUGCUAUUUGCGAUCUUGAUAGCCUUUUACCCCACAUUAGAAGAAAUCACGGCAACCUCAUCUGAACUAAAUUGGCUCGAUCCAGACACAGCAGCCUGAUAAUCUCAAUUCUCCAGGGAGAGAUUUAAGAUUUAAAUAAAUCAAAACAUCUAGAAAAUACUUUGACUAGAUUUUUGUUCCUCCCCGGUGGCCAUUGGAAUGACUGAAAGAAAGAAAGAAA